AGGUAUGAAAGUGAAAUGUUUUAAAGAUGUUGUAUGGGGUUGUAAUAGACCUCAAACCUGAAGAGCUACUAUGUAAUUUACCCCUUUUUUUAAUUUACAAAGACAAAAGACAACACCAACGGCCAAUGAGCAGGACGUACUCCCUCCAAAAUUUGGCUGUUGCAGCCGUCCGAUACCAAUUUUAAAUCUAAAAAAUUCGAAAAUAAAUUGCAAGAAAAUCGAAACAUGCUUUCAAUUCCUCGCUCCCACUCACUCGCUACCGCUUCCGACUGGCCGAUCAUUUCCCAUGGCGACGAUCGCAUUUGGUUCCGGCCUCGUUUCAGCUCGCGCCGAGCAAAGCGACGGCGUUCGGAACUCGGUGCUGUACUCCCCGAACUUCAAUUCCUUGCGGUUGAGGAGAAGUUGUGCUUCGACGACGCGGUGGCGCGGGGUCGGAGUCACACGCGCCACCGCGGAGGCGGUGGAAGGUCGAGUUAUUGAGACGGAAGGGGAGGUGAAAGAGAAGGAGAAAUGUAGGGUUCUUAGAGUUGGCGUCGUUUGCGGAGGUCCCUCGGCGGAGCGUGGGAUUUCUCUCAACUCGGCUCGAUCAGUUCUUGAUCACAUUCAGGGAGGUGAUAUACAUGUGAGUUGCUAUUACGUUGACGCUGGCCUUAAUGCGUUUGCAAUAUCCCCUGCUCAGAUGUACUCAAACACUCCUGCGGACUUCGAUUUUAAACUCGAAAGCCUUGCCCAGGGUUUCCAGUCUUUGCCCGAGUUCGCGGAAUAUCUAGCUGCCUCUGUGGACAUAGUGUUCCCAGUCAUACAUGGUCAAUUUGGUGAAGAUGGUGGCAUUCAGGAGCUUCUGGAAAAGUAUAACGUUCCAUUUGUGGGCACGGGAUCAAUUGAAUGUUGCCAAGCAUUCGACAAAUACAAUGCUUCAUUGGAGCUCAGCAAACAAGGAUUCAUAACAGUACCAAGUUGCUUAGUACAGGGAAGUGAAGCAGAUGAAUCUGAACUGUCAAAAUGGUUUGCAAGAAAUCAACUGGAUGUUGAGUCAGGGAAAGUUGUGGUAAAACCAGCACGAGCAGGAUCAAGCAUUGGUGUUACAGUUGCAUAUGGUCUGGCUGAUACUUAUAGCAAGGCUAAUGCAAUUAUUACAGAGGGAAUUGACUCCAAAGUCCUUGUAGAAAUAUUUCUUGAAGGUGGGAGCGAGUUUACAGCAAUUGUUCUUGAUGUGGGCUCUGGUUUAGAUUCCCAUCCUGUUGUAUUACUCCCAAGCGAGGUAGAACUUCAGUUCCAUGACAAUGUUGAUGAGGAUGCAAUUUUCAACUACCGGAGGAAAUAUCUUCCAACACAACAGGUUGCUUAUCAUACUCCACCUCGGUUUCCUAUUGAUGUCAUUGAAAGUAUUCGAGAAGGAGCAUCUCAGUUAUUCAGAAAGCUUGGUCUUCGUGACUUUGCUCGAAUUGAUGGAUGGUUUCUCCCUAAUUCUAUUCAUGUACCAUCAUCAUCAGAUAGCAAAUUCGGAAAGACUGAGAUGGGUACAAUAUUGUAUACUGACAUUAAUCUGAUUAGUGGGAUGGAACAGACCAGCUUUUUAUUUCAGCAAGCCUCGAAGGUUGGACUUUCUCAUUCAAAUAUUCUCAGGAGCAUAAUUCGUCGGGCUUGCAUGCGUUAUCCGAAUCUUGCACCAUUUUGUAGUGCAUCAGAUCAUGUUUCUAGAAGAUCACAAACGUCACUGCGUAAUGAACCGGUUUGCAACGACACUCGUAAAGUUUUUGUUAUUUUUGGAGGAGACUCUUCAGAGAGGCAAGUAUCUCUUAUCAGCGGAACAAAUGUUUGGCUCAAUUUGCAAGCUUUUGACGAUCUUGAAGUGAUUCCAUGUUUGCUUGCCCCCACAAUUGACAAAAACGAAGUUGAUGUGAGUUCCAGAACAGUUUGGUCUUUACCUUAUUCUCUUGUGCUGAGACACACUGUAGAGGAAGUUCUUGAUGCAUGUGUAGAGGCAAUUGAACCAGACCGAGUUGCAUUGACAUCUCACUUAAGGAACAGAGUUGUUCAUGAUCUUAUGGAAGGCUUGAAGAAACAUUCUUGGUUUACUGGAUUUGAUAUCAUUGAUGAACUGCCUGUAAAAUUCUCGGUUGAACAGUGGAUCAAGCUAGCCAAGGAAGUUCACGCUACAGUUUUUCUUUCAGUGCAUGGAGGCAUUGGUGAAGAUGGCACACUUCAGUCAUUGUUAGAGGCUGAAGGGAUUCCACAUACAGGUCCUGGAGUGAUGUCUUCAAAGAUUUGUAUGGACAAACUUGCAACAUCGCUUGCUCUUAAUCAUCUGUCGGAUUUGGGAGUUCUUACUAUCAACAAAGAUUUGAGGAGAAAAGAAGAUCUCAUUAGUUCAUCAACACCAAAUGUAUGGCAUGAAUUGACGUCAAAGCUUCACUGUGCAACAUUAUGUGUUAAACCUGCAAGAGAUGGAUGCUCAACGGGGGUUGCAAGGUUAUGCUGUGCUGAAGACCUUUCGGUGUAUGUAAAAGCAUUGGAAGACUGUCUUCACCGGAUUCCUCCUAAUAGUUUUUCUAAGGCACAUGGAACUAUUGAGAUGCCAAACCCCCCUCCAGAGCUCUUAAUCUUCGAGCCUUUUAUCGAGACCGAUAAUAUAAUCUUAUCAUCAAAAUCUAGAAAUGAAAAGGGGCAUCAGAUCUUGUGGAGCGGAGAGAGUAGAUGGGUUGAAAUAACUGUUGGAGUUGUUGGGAAACAAGGAUCAAUGCGCUCACUGACUCCUAGCAUCACUGUCAGGGAGAGUGGUGACAUUUUGACGCUCGAGGAGAAAUUCCAAGGUGGGACUGGCAUCAAUCUGACUCCACCUCCAUCAUCCAUUAUUAGCAACGAGGCGUUGCAGAAAUGUAAAAAACAUAUCGAAAUAAUUGCAAACACUCUUGAAUUAGAAGGGUUUUCACGAAUAGAUGCAUUUGUCAACGUGGACAGUGGAGAGGUCUUGAUGAUAGAGGUCAACACAGUGCCUGGAAUGACGCCUUCCACGGUCUUGAUUCACCAGGCACUAGCGGAGGAACCACCGAUGUACCCUCACGAGUUUUUCCGUACACUGCUCGAUUUGGCAUCAGAGAGGACCAUAUAUACUUUAAAAUAAAUCUUUGUCGAUAUCUCUCCAUUGUUUUCGUCUUGAUAAACUCCUUUUGUUUGGGUUGGAGGGUACCCCUCUCAGGUCUCAACUUGUGAACUUAUCCAAAGCAGCAUAUGUAUUUGUUCAGUCAAUAUAUAUCCAUGUUUGUAAUUUACCUAAAACGAACUUAAUUAAAGCAAAAGCUUGAUCAAUGAAGAAGCAUCAGAAUUUCACUAA